AUGGCAACGUACACCCCGAAGAAUAUCCUGAUUACCGGUGCUGCCGGAUUUAUUGCAUCUCAUGUUGCAAAUCGACUUGUCCGGAGCUAUCCGGAUUACAAGAUUGUUGUCCUCGAUAAGCUUGACUACUGUUCGAAUCUCAAGAACCUCACUCCAUCUCGCUCUUCCCCCAACUUCAAGUUUGUUAAGGGGGACAUUGGCAGUGCUGAUCUGGUUAACUACCUCCUGAUCACUGAGAAUAUAGACACAAUAAUGCACUUUGCUGCUCAGACUCAUGUGGACAACUCCUUUGGUAACAGCUUUGAGUUCACCAAGAACAACAUCUACGGUACUCAUGUACUAUUGGAGGCUUGCAAGGUUACAGGCCAGAUCAGAAGGUUCAUCCAUGUCAGCACAGAUGAGGUCUAUGGGGAGACUGAUGAGGAUGCUGUUGUGGGAAAUCAUGAGGCCUCACAACUCCUUCCCACAAACCCCUAUUCAGCCACAAAAGCUGGGGCUGAAAUGCUUGUUAUGGCUUAUGGUAGGUCAUAUGGGUUGCCUGUGAUAACCACUCGAGGAAAUAAUGUGUAUGGUCCCAACCAGUUCCCUGAAAAGCUAAUCCCAAAGUUCAUCCUUUUAGCAAUGAGGGGGAAAACUCUUCCCAUCCAUGGAGAUGGUUCUAAUGUCCGAAGUUAUCUUUACUGUGAAGAUGUUGCUGAGGCCUUUGAGGUUGUUCUUCACAGGGGAGAGGUUGGUCAUGUUUACAACAUUGGAACAAAGAAGGAAAGGAGAGUGAUUGAUGUUGCUAAGGAUAUAUGCCAACUUUUUAAUAUGGAUCCAAAAACAAGCAUUGAGUUUGUGGAAAACAGGCCGUUCAAUGACCAGAGAUACUUCCUUGAUGAUCAGAAGUUGAAGAACAUAGGAUGGUCAGAGCGGACCGCAUGGACUGAGGGUUUGAAAAAGACAAUAGAAUGGUAUACCAAUAACCCUGAUUGGUGGGGGGAUGUCUCUGGUGCUUUGCUUCCUCAUCCUAGAAUGCUAAUGAUGCCUGGCGGGGUAGAAAGACAUUUUGAUGGUCCCGAGAACUGUGAUUCUGAAUCUUCUCAAUUCACUGCAAAGUCAAAUCAGAGCCAGAUGGUGGUUCCGAUUCCCAAAAAGAACCCAGCUCAAAAACCACCUUACAAGUUUUUGAUUUAUGGUAGAACCGGGUGGAUUGGUGGUCUCCUCGGCAAGUUAUGCGAGAAACAAGGGAUUCCUUAUGAGUAUGGAAAGGGGCGUCUAGAGGAUCGUUCACUGCUUUUGGCUGACAUUCAGUCUAUUAAGCCCACUCAUGUCCUUAAUGCUGCAGGUGUCACUGGUAGACCCAAUGUUGAUUGGUGUGAAAGCCAUAAGACUGAAACAAUCCGCGCCAAUGUUGCUGGUACUCUUACUUUGGCAGAUGUGUGUAGAGAGAACGGUAUCCUGAUGGUGAAUUUUGCCACUGGCUGUAUAUUUGAAUAUGAUGCUGCACAUCCAGAAGGUUCUGGAAUUGGAUACAAAGAGGAAGACAAACCUAACUUCACAGGUUCUUUCUAUUCAAAGACCAAGGCCAUGGUUGAAGAGCUCCUGAAAGAAUAUGACAAUGUUUGCACACUCAGAGUUCGCAUGCCGAUAUCAUCAGACCUUAGCAACCCUCGCAAUUUCAUCACCAAAAUCACUCGCUACAACAAGGUGGUCAAUAUCCCCAACAGUAUGACCAUAUUGGACGAGCUUCUUCCCAUUUCCAUAGAGAUGGCAAAGCGUAACCUCAAGGGCAUAUGGAAUUUCACAAACCCUGGGGUUGUCAGUCACAAUGAAAUUCUGGAAAUGUACAAGAAGUACAUAGAUCCAGAAUUCAAAUACGCCAACUUCACUCUGGAAGAGCAGGCGAAGGUGAUAGUUGCACCUCGAAGUAACAAUGAGAUGGACGCAUCAAAGCUGAAGAAAGAGUUCCCUGAGUUGCUAUCAAUCAAGGAAUCACUGAUCAAGUACGUCUUUGAACCGAACAGGAAAACAUCUGCAUAAUUAAGCUUUAGAGAUUGUUAAACACGGGUGGGUGGGUUUGUGCGUUAGCUACUUAGCUCUAGUUACUUACUAUCUAUGCUUAGCUACACUUGAAUUCAUUUCUGUUGCUUUAGCAUUUUAAGAGUGACUAGAGUGCCUCUACUCGGCUAUUUAUUCGUUGGUAUUUCUUGUGAAUUUAUAAUGGUCAGCAGUGCCCCCUUGUCACAUGAGAAACUUAUACCGCAUUCUUGUAUGAUGUUAUCUUAUACCAGUAUGUGAGACUGUAAUUCAAUCUAUUAUGAAGUACGGGAAUAAUAUUUAUUUUGCAAUUC